AUGGAGCGGAAGAGUUUCUUUUCAAGCCUGGCGCGGCCGGCGGUUGGUGUCCUGUUGAUUUUUUUCGCAGCAUGUCUGUGCCGGUUGUCGAUGGCCCAGAUUAACCGGCCUACAUCUAUACCGAUUGCGCCCACGUGCGAUGUGACAGAGAAUGGUACUGCCUGUGUUUGCGAAGAAUCAGUUAAGGGCCGUGCACAAGAAUCUGCCUCCAGCGCAACCCUGUCGGAGUCUCACAAUACAAUUAGCGUCCAGUGUCCCGAACAAUACGGCUUCGUGCCCAGUGAUGGAACGAAGGUAUGCUCUGUGGAUACAGAUACAAAUGCGACGGACCUGGGAACCUGUAACACACACAACGAAAAAAUUGAAGCGUUCUUAAAUCCAGUCCCAGCAAGUCCGCCACAGUGGAGCGCAAGCGACACUACUACAACGCCGCAUUCUUUAUCCCUUCCACAAUCUCAUUUCCCAUUGACUGACAAGAAAUUCUUCGUAGGUUGCCUAGAACAGGAAGACCGUCUGAACAAGCUGCUGCAAGGAACCCCUCCAAAGAAAUCAUGCGUGGUGACUGUGCAAGUGGAGGCCAAGAAAUCGUCGCUGCACGAGAACGUCCUCACUUGCGGCUACGGCGCAAACAGCAACACCGAAAAAACACCGGUGGCGACGCUGACUUCCGACAACAACGCACUGACUAUCGUUUGCGGCUCAGAAGGCCAACUGCAGCCGAGUGGGAAGCCGACGACUGCCUUCCUCUGCGACAUCUCCACAGAGGAGUGUUCGACGGCCGUAAAACUGACUGACGUGUUUCCUAACUUCACAGAAGCCUGGAUUACAGUGGAAGGGGAAACAGGCAGCAACAAGCUUGUGAUCCCCGAGGACGGCUUCCCCGAGGAGGACAAAAUGAUUAUGUUGGGAUGCAGCCUCAAGACGGUCUCAGGUGAUGACAAGAAGAAGAACGAGAACACAACUGUACAGGAGGAGCCUACGUGUAAAGUAAAGGUGGUUAUCCCCGCUGGAGGGAGGUCUUCUGCGGCGGCGUCAGGCCCGAGCUCUCCGAUGUAUGCCGUCGCUGUUGGAUUGCUAUCUCUUGUGGUUUCUAGUACAUUCUUGACUUCGCACUAG